AUGGCGGACCACUUCGCGCUGAUGACGGGCCGGCUGCUCACGGAAUCGACGCUCCAGUCCGCCGUCCACGAGGCCUUUGCCGAUGCCGUGGCUUCCACAGCCGCCGGGCCCGAUCACGACCAGACCGAUCCCUCCGCCGUUCCUGAAGAUGUUCAGCUGGGCAUGGGCAUGGGCAUGGGCAAGGGCAAGGCCAAGAGUGGUGUCAUGGUGGAGUGCAGAAUCUGCCAAGAGGAAGAUUUACUAUGUAGUCAUAAAAAGGAUGAGAAAAAAACCACUAUUCAGUCUACGGUGCUGAAUGACAGAACACUACUGUUGGCUGACUUCUUUUUUCUGCUCAUGAUGCCACAGCAACUCAAACCAAACUACACUGCUCCUUUGUUUCGGCAUGGAAGGAACCUAAUAAAUUUAAGGGCAGCUGGAGAAAUACGAGAAAACCCCGGUGCUAGUUAUGGUCACACCUCGGAUCAAGCUGAUGGCGCAUCAAGCGUUGAUUCUCAAAGUCCCAACCUGAAAGGCGUCAUAUAUUGCCAAGUAGUUGCCAUUGCUUUGAUGGUUUUGUUGGUGCUCCGUGACGCAAUCUUGCUUAUACUCCACAACCAUGAAGUGUGCUCAGUAGAGCUAAUCACUAACGGCCGGAAUUGUCAUACCAAUCUACAUCAUCUUGAUAUCAAUUACCGCAUUGUUUCAUUCGUGCAAUCAACGACAGAUCUUUAG